CUCUCCCUAGCAGGAGCACUGAGCAGAUCCACAGGAUGAAAGCGUGUGGCUUUCCUGCUCUGAACGAAGGGGAAUUUCUGUGAAAUGGAUUUAAAGCAUCUUUAAUCACACAGGGUACCACAAUGACUGAGAUUCUAGCUUAUAAUACCACCUUGGAGGAGCUGAACCUCUCCUGGCAAAACCAGUCUUCACCUCAACAGAACGUCACCUAUGUGGAUUUCUACCUCCACAAACCCGCUGUGGCUGCAGUCUUCACCGUUUCCUACCUGCUCAACUUUGUGGUGUGCAUGGUAGGCAAUGGUGUGGUGUGUUUCAUCGUGCUGCGCAGCAGGAACAUGCGAACCGUCACCAAUCUGUUUAUUCUCAACCUCGCCAUCAGUGACCUGCUGGUUGGCAUCUUCUGCAUGCCAACCACACUUGUGGACAACAUCAUAACAGGCUGGCCCUUUGGCAGCGUUGUGUGUAAACUGAGCGGGAUGGUUCAAGGGAUCUCUGUGUCAGCAUCUGUUUUCACCCUCGUUGCCAUUGCUGUUGACAGGUUUCGCUGCAUCGUCUACCCUUUCAAGCAGAAGCUGACCAUCCCCACCUCAAAGCUAAUUAUCGUCAUCAUUUGGGUCCUCGCCGUGUUCAUUAUGUGUCCUUCAGGGGUCAUGCUCCAGGUCACCAAGGAGCAGACAGUGAGAAUAGUCCUUGGUCCCAAAAGUGAUACUCGCCCCUUUUACUGGUGUAGAGAGAACUGGCCAAGUCAAGAGAUGAGGAAGAUCUAUACUACAGUCCUCUUUGCCAACAUCUACCUUGCCCCUCUAAGUCUGAUCGUCAUCAUGUAUGCACGCAUUGGUUUCACCCUCUUUAAGACCACUCUUCCUCAAGCCGGAGGCAGUGGGAGUGCCCCAUUAGAGGGCAGUGGUAAAAAAGUGAGCAUGGACGCGCGUCAGACAAUUACACGGAAGAAGAAGAGGGUAAUAAUGAUGCUCCUGGUUGUUGCUUUGCUUUUCAUCUUAUCCUGGCUGCCUCUAUGGACGCUAAUGAUGCUGAGCGAUUACGCCAGCUUAACAGAACACCAGUACCGUGUCAUUAACAUCUAUGUGUACCCUUUUGCUCACUGGUUAGCCUUCUUCAACAGCAGCAUCAACCCAAUCAUCUACGGUUUCUUCAAUGAAAACUUCCGUAAAGGCUUUCAGGCAGCUUUUAAGUUCCAGCUGUGCUCCGCUGACAUUCUGCGCCAAAGGACCUUCUCCCACCGGAUCAGAGGGAACGCUGUGCUCCCGGUCCACCCAAAAUCCCACAGCAGACCAGUGUCCAGAGCUGGGUCGCUCUUUGUAGGGAAUGGAGGGUGUUCGAGGCGGGAGGACGAUUGUUUAGCUAGUAGAAACGCUGUUAGAGAGCAGGAUCUGAUCAUGGAGGAUUUGGAGAAAAUGUCACAGAUUUAGAAAAAAAAUGAGUUUUGCCUAUCAUCUUAUAAAACGAGGUAUUUGGUGAAUGUUUCAAAAAUAAAUCAAACUUUUUUCAUGUCUGCUGUUAAUAAAUGUGUUUUGAAGUUCUAUUUAAAAGAUCCCUGUUUGUUAAUGUGACUUCUUUAUUAAGCUCUACUGGUCAUUUUGCCUCGAUUGUAAAUCUGAACACCUUCAUUGUAGUUAUGUUUUAUUUCGUACCCACCUAGGGAAAUGUUUUCUACCUGCUAUUAAAACGAAUCUAUUUUGUUAUUCUGUCUGUCUGAUAAAAGCCUAAUAAUACGUAAGGAAUUCUAGCCAUUAAAAAAUUAUUUUCUUAGUCCAAAAAAAAUAGAAUACUUACAGAUAAUGGUAUGUUUCAAUAUGUUAUGUUACGUUUCCAUUUAAUUUUGGGAGGCCUUCAGCAAACCAUGGCAUGACGAGCUGUUGACGUAAAAAAAAAACCAAUUAUCUUGGUGUACAAUUCUACUUUCUUUAUUUAUUUCCCAGUACUGAUGUAAAACCUUUAUUUUUGGUUGCCAUGGUAAUACUGUCAGGAACAUCUCUAUGUAAGGCUGUCUGUAGUUCACAUUUAGACCACGUCUGAUGUUCUUCUGAGUUCAGGAAAAGAUGUUUUGUUUGUGGCCUCUGCUCAAACAUUGACCCCUCUCCAUACGACACAGUUACAUCAGUUCUGCUGAUGCACUUCAACACUAAAUUUGUUCAUGCUCAAUAUUGUUUGGUAGCCUGUUGACCAAAUCUGUGUCAAAUAUAUCCUUAAAGGAGAUCCUUUUGUAUCUGCUUUGAAAAACAAUAUUUUAAUUGUCUAUAAAACUCAACAUUUUAUCAAAAUAAAUAUUAGUGAAUGCAAAGUGUAACUUCAACUCUUUGUGAAGUAAAAUCCAGUGAAAUUAUAUGUGGAAAUUUUAUUUUUUAUUUUAUAUUUAUCUCUAUUUCUCAUUUAAAACAUGGGGAAUAAUAAUUAUACACAGUAUUAUUACAUAGGGGUAACAUUUUUUGUUUACAGGUAUGAAAAUGCUGAUGUGUCGGUUGAAACUGAGGAUUUAAAUUACCUAAUAGGUAAAGAAAUCUAAAAAAGUUGCUGUUUAUUCAGUUCUGUUCAAUGCAUGCUAAUCCAACAAUCAUAAGUCCUUGCGGAAUGAAUAAAAAUGAAAUUAUUUAUUUCAGAAUGGUCUAAUAGGUUUCAGCAUGGUCUGGUUCAACAUUGGGAACAUGUAGAACAGUGUUUAGCACUUCACCUCAGUGCAGCUCCAGACCACAAUGAAUGGGAGAUUUAUCAAGGUAAAAUCUAUUUGUCCUCUGCAACACAACGAAUUAUAUUACCCUUGUAAAUAAAGAAAUAACGAAAUAAAAAGAAACCUGACUGUUAGAAUAUCCUGAUC